UUCUCCAUGUCGCCCCAUGGCGGCCAUGGCCCUCACGGUGUCUCCACGUUGGACGUCUAUUGCCCCGUGGCCGGGAUGCUGCCAUGCGCGGCCCGCGCGACUGCUGCGAAGGUCCAGCAGCGGAGCUUCAAAGACAUGGAGACGAGCGAUUCUGGCGGGUGCUGCAUCUGCUGUGGUGACUUGCCGCCGGUGCAAGGGCAGCACACUGGAAGAUAUGGAAGGGUUCCCAGAGAUUGGAGAAAUGGAACCCAUCGAAAUCGAAGAAUUUGAAGAAGUGGAAUUUGAAAUGGGGGAGAAGCGGCAGAAGGCUGAGAUGGCGGCGACCGAGUUGCUUGAGAAGACGAACAUCAUCCGGCCCGGCACAGGCGUUGCGGAAAAGACGCCAUUGCCUUGCGUCGCGGUUUGCGGCAUGGGAAGGGAGGACGAUGACAAGGACUCAGUGGCUGCCAUGCUGCAUCGGCAGCUGAGAAUUUACAAAGGUGGAAGUCCAGAAGAACCUGUGUGGUUUGACCUCGACACCGUGGCGAGCCGAUCCUUUGAGGAGUUGGAUCAAUCAUUGGCGCUGUGUCGAACCAUGGUGGUUUGCCCACCUUUGAACCUGGGGGACCGCCGGAAGAUCAAAGCGCUGCGCGAUGGUCUCAAGCUUUUGCUGGAAAGUGUACCUAUGGCCAUGAACCGCAUCAUAGUUUUGAGCACCAUUGGUGCGCAAGCAGGAACUGGUGGUUUUAAUGUCGGCUCCUUCUUUGGUGUCGAUUUCAAGAGUGGCAGCUAUGCGAGUCUUGAAGACGAGGUUACAGCCUACGCUCGCAAGAGGCCCCCCAGUCAGCCACUGAAAGUCUUGGUGGUUAGAGCUGGCGAUCUGGCAGAACGACCUGGUGUUGUUGAAGUGAGCUUGACCGAGGUGCAGGGCAGAACGUCACUGCAAACUGCGGCUGAUGCUUUGUUCAACGCACUUCUCUUCGGAGUGGAUGCUGGCUUCUCCGUAGUGGACACGCCCGGCGGCUCCCGGGCGCCCUGGGAUCGCUUGCUGCUGCCCUGCGUGGGGCCGGAGGUCUGGCGCCAAGCAGUGCCGGAUGCCACCCAGGCGGCCCUCUUUGUGCAGCAGUGGGCUUCCACUUUCAUCGAUGGAUCCUUCCGUUUCGGUAUGAAGACACCCAUGGAACAGAAACCCACCGCGGCGGGAUGCGAACUGCGCUUUCGCCCCGUGGGAACCCCAACUGCCAAGAUGAUGGACGAGUUGGAUGAAGGAGGUUUGGAGUUCAUUGCCGAGAAAACUGACGAGGGUUGUCGUUUGCGAGCGCGGCGCAUUGCGUACAGUGCGAAAGCAGUGAUCAAAGCCAACUCUGAACGAGCCCUGCUGCAGCAAUUCCAGCGUGAUUGGGAUGAAGCUAUGGGAAACGCCGGCUGGAGAAUCUUCUGAGGCGAAGUGAGAGAUAUGUCCAUCCAUUGGUAUGUAUGAUCUGCAGCUGAACAGCACCAGUUGGGCUGAACAGCACCAGUUGGAUGAAACUUCAGGAUGAAAUUGCACCAAUGAUUUAAGUGAGAUAGUUAUGUGUUAUGAUAGUUGCCUGAGCUGUUGUGAUUUGCCAGGCAGUUUGGGACAGAUGUGCCCAGCAAAAUAGAUCAAAACAGAUUUCAAAUCAUUUCAACACAUGCUGAGAAAUCGAUAGAUGCUUGAUGAAAA